AUGGUACAGGGAGUCAUACCCAAGAACUACCAGCAGUUCCUGGCCUUGGUAUUUGCAGUCACAGAGGUCAACAAGGACCUGGUUCUCCUCCCCAACGUCACACUUGGCUUCCGCAUCUACGACAAUAGCCAGAUUGAGAGGAGGAUCUCCUUGAACAGCCUCUCUCUGCUCUCCACACGAGGCCGAAUGGUUCCAGGUUAUAAAUGUGACAGGCAGGACACCCUGCUGUCCGUCAUCGGUGGGUCUGACUCCAAAUCCUCAAGGCAGAUGGCCCCCAUCUUCACCAUCCUGAAGGUCCCACAGGAACUUCCUCAGUAUGUGGGUUUAGUCCAGCUGCUCCUGCACUUCCAGUGGAACUGGGUUGGGCUCCUGGCCCCCAAAGACGACAGAGGAGCAGGUUUCAUCUCCUCCCUGGUGCCAAUGCUCAAGGCGAAGGAGAUCUGCCUGGCCUUCAGUGAAAUCCCUGAAGAGGGAGGGGGAGAAUGUACAGGGAAGGAGAAUGUCCAGAAUCUGCCAGCUUCCGUUUUUGAAAAGAGCAUGACGGGUGGAAGUUACAACAUCUACAAUGCCGUUUACUCUGUGGCACACGCACUACAGGCAAUGCAUGAAUCAGGAGCCCGACCAGCUUUGUUGAGGCUUGGAAAGAAGAUCUCCAAUGUCCACUCGUGGCAGAUUCUUCCAUAUUUGAUGAAUGUCCGGUUCAAUGAUAGUGCUGGAAAUGAAGUCUCAUACUCAGAAAACGGACUGGGAUCUGCUCGUUAUGAUCUUCUGAACUGGGUUUUCCUCCUCAAUCAAACUUUCAUCCCUGUGACAGUUGGGCAAAUAGAUCCUGGGGCUCCCCCAGGCCAGGAUUUCACCAUUAACCCAGAUGCAGUCAUCUGGGCCACAAAGAAGGUGCCCUUUGCCAGGUGUGGCAUGAAGAGGUGCCAUGCGGGGGAGAGGAGAAGCGUUCCAGAGGGCGAGCAGGUCUGCUGCUACCAAUGUGACCCUUGUCCAGAAGGGACCAUAUCUGAUCUGACAGAUGCAGCUCGCUGUGACCCCUGCCCAGAAGACCAGUACCCUAACAAGGGCAAAGAUCACUGCAUGGCCAAGAAGAUCCACUUCCUUUCCUAUCAAGAAACCCUGGGAUAUGCUUUAGCUUCUCUCGCUCUUUCUCUCUCUGUGAUCACGUUGGCAGUCCUGGCGAUUUUCCUUAAACAUCGUGACACACCGAUUGUCAGAGCAAACAACAGAGAUCUCACCUACAUCCUCCUGGUCUCCCUCCUGCUCUGCUUCCUCUGCUCCUUCUUCUUCAUUGGUCAACCUGGGAAGCUCACCUGUCUCUUCCGACAAACUGCCUUUGCCAUUCUCUUUUCCAUUGCUGUUUCUUCUGUGUUGGCAAAAACUGUCAUGGUGGUUCUGGCCUUCAUGGCCACCAAGCCAGGGAACAGGAGCAGGAAAUUCUUAGGAAAGCCACUGACCAACUCCAUUGUCAUAGCCUGCCCCCUGGUUCAAGCAGUUCUUUGUGCCACUUGGCUGGUAAUCUCUCCCCCGGUUCCCCACUUGGACUUCUACUCCUUGAUAGGAGAGAUAAUCUUAGAAUGUAAGGAAGGCUCAGCUUCAAUGUUUUAUGCUGUCCUUGCUUACCUGGGUUUCCUGGCCCUCCUCAGUUUCACAGUGGCCUUUCUGGCUAGGAAAUUGCCUGACAGCUUUAAUGAAGCCAAGUUCAUUACUUUUAGCAUGCUCGUCUUUUGCAGUGUUUGGAUCACCUUCCUCCCCACCUACCUGAGCAGCAAAGGGAAGUCUAUGGUAGCUGUGGAGAUCUUCUCCAUUUUGGGCUCUGGAGCUGGCCUCUUGGUUUGUAUCUUUUUCCCCAAGUGCUACAUUAUCCUAUUGAGGCCCAAUCUGAAUUGCAGAGAAAAUAUAGUGAGGAACAAAAAAAUCUGA